AAGAACAAAAAAAAAAAAGCAGUAGGAGAUUAGUAAAAAAAAAAAAAAACUCCCCUCUACUUUUAUUGUUUCCUAAAGGAUGGCCUCUCCAAAACUCAGGCCAGCGUUGUUGCCACGUUAUUCCUCUGGCACAGGGACAAACACAGCAGCAGCAGCAAGGCGGUACACUCAACGGCAGUUGAUCAUCUUGAUAUCGUUCGUACUCUUAAUCACUUCAGGAACCAUGCUCAUCUUCCAUGUCGUCACUGGCCCAAUGUCUUCGUCCAAAAAGGCUGUCGGCUGCAGUACGGAUGCAGAAUUCUCCAUUAUUCGCUGGAGGCAGCCCAUCAGGAGUACCGAGCACACCAAUGACUUAAGCAGUGGUGUCAAGCUAGAGAUGGAAGGCAACGUGUACAGUAACGGUAGAGACGCUGGCCGUCUCUCGAAUAAUGAAAUGAAUAAUCAAUCCUCCAAUGACAACACACAUGAACCCCCAUCAAAUCAAGGAACUAACCCAGACUCUAACAACGGCAGCUUGGAGAAACUUGCGCCUGAAGAAGGAGAGGAUGAUAUAGAAGUUCCAGAAGAGGAAGAGGAAGUGGAGCCUCUGGUUCCUUUCCAUGAGACGUUGGAUCAAGACGACGGCGUUAAAUACGUCACUUAUCUCCCUUAUGCUGGCAUCACCAACCAAUUUUAUGGCAUGCUCCGUGGUAUGGAGGUCGCUAAGGCCUUGGGUAGAACGUUGAUUAUUCCGCCAAUUACAGCAUCCUCUCAUGACAAGUCAAAGCAGAAUCAGCCGUGGUCCAAGUUCCUUGAUCUUGAGCGGUUUCAGGAGCUUACAGGGGCUAAAGUGAUUGAGUUUCAUAAACUCCGCGAUGCAGAACAGACAAAGUAUAAUGAGAUGGAAUGCAAAAUCACCUGUGGUUUUGGUUCGAAGCGCACAAUUGAUUUCACGGCUAAAGGCUUUUUAAAGCAGUGGAGCCUUAAUGUCACUUUGACUCCACUCUCAAUUGACGCCAACAAACUAGACACGAUCACUCGGAUUCUGGGAGCUUAUCGCGAUGACAAGUUUAUUUGUAUUUCCAACACCUACAAAAUCAGUGUUGCUGACAAAUCAGAGUGGGAUCGCUUUGGUCAGCACUUGCACUUCACUAAGGAGCUAGAGGACUUUGUACAAAAUUUCUUGGACACACAUUUGGUCAAGCCUGAGCCUGUGUAUGAUCCAAAAUCAAGGCAGGAGAUUGUACCGACCCAAAAGUAUAUUGCAAUCCAUAUACGUCGCGGAGAUUUCGCUCAGUACUGCCGCGACAAUUUUGCAGGGCCCAAGAUGGUUCAUUGCUUCCCAACAACCGAGGAGAUUGCUCAGCGUGUAGACAAGAUUCAGUCCAAAUAUAGCUCUACUGGAUCAUUGACGAACGUCAUGCCUGUCUUCGUAGCAACGAAUGAACGCCGACCCGAGGAAUUGAAGAAGUUUGCAGAUCUGGGUUGGACAUACUUGGAUCAUGAUCAGAUGGGUACAGCUGAGAAAUUGGGUGUCUUUGGUCCUAUGAUGGUUGAUCAGGUCUUUAUGGCGCAUGCACAAGCAUUGAUUGGUAUUCAAAUGAGUACGUUUUCAAGAGUAGGAGCCUUACGACAGCGCGACUGGCACAAUCGACAGGUCGAAUAUAUGUAACUAGAAAAAAAAAAAAAAAAA